CAGCUAAAAUAUGUUAAUCAAUGGUUCCAAGCAACCUAUUUUUUUUUCUUUAUUCCGUCUCAAUUUUUCAUGUUUGAAUUCAGCGCCCCCAAAAUGACCUGAGUAUCAAACUUAGUUCACUUGUAACAGGGCCGGUUGUUCAACUCCAGUUUAAACCGCUGUUCAGAUUGAACUAAGUUCAAAGUUGAAAAUCAGUUGUACAAAUAAAGCUCAAGGCUUGAACCCAGUUCAAGUAGGCAUAGAACCUGACCGGUCGAUGUCCCUCGGUUAAACUCAGUUCAAUGUGAGUAACAUAAAUAUCGUAGCAAAGUUUAGCGAAGGAGUUGUGUGUUAAGUUUAAAAAUGGACAUUCCCGAAGAGAUAACUGAUGACGAGGACUUCUUAGAAUUAAUUACCAUCGUACAUAUACCCAGGUUACCCAAAACUUACAAACAGAGACCUGAUAAUUUUCGGAUUUGGAACGACACUCAAUUCUUGCAACAUUUUCGGUUAUCAAAAAGUACUGUUAGAUUCAUAAUAGAUAAAAAAUCAUUCCCUCACGCCAGAUGAUAUGGUCUUUGUUAUGCUACGUUACCUUGCAACUGGGUCCUUUUUGCAAGUAAUAGGGGAUGUACAAGGUAUGGACAAAGGAACUGCAAGCAGAGUUGUGUCGAAAGUUAUAAAAUCAUUAGCAGUCCAUUUUUAAGAAUUAAUAAAAAUGCCUGAAAAUGGCGAAGAGAGAACUGUGAUACGUCAAGAAUUUUUCAAUAUUGCUAGAUUUCCUAGGUGCAUAGGAGCUUUAGACUGCACCCACAUUAAAAUAAAAUCUCCAGGUGGUGCAGACCCAGAGAAUUAUAGGAACAGGAAAGGUUUUUUUUCCUAUAAUGUACCGGUGAUUUGCGAUGCCACUUUGAAAAUACAAAAUAUAGUUUGCCGUUGGCCAGGUGCAUCACAUGAUGCAAAUAUAUUUGCAAAUAGUAGAGUUCGAGCCUUAUUUGAAACCGGACAUUUUGGCGACAUUUUGUUGGUUGCAGAUAGUGGGUAUGGUAUUAAGCCAUAUUUAAUCACACCACUAAGCCGACCUGAAACUCAGAGUCAACACUUAUUUAAUGAAUCUCAAAUUCGCACUAGGAAUCCUGUUGAGAGAUGCUUCGGGGUAUGGAAAAGACGUUUCCCCAUCUUAGCAUUAGGAAUUCGUGUAGCGAAAGAAAAAAUUGAGCCAGUAGUUGUUGCAACAGGAGCUUUGCAUAACCUAGCAAUUAUCAUGAAAGACCCACAACCUGCAAUAAAUAAUGAAAUUGAAGCAGCAGUUGAAUUCAUUAACAACUUUGAUAUUGUACCAGUCCCAGUUGUAGUUCAAGAUGCAUCUAAUAAUAGGACACGAUUAUUGUUAAUUAAUUAUUUCCAGGAUUUAUUGUGAAUGAUUCAAAAAUUCAGUUUUUAGUAUUUUUCUAAUGUUAUCUUCAUUUCAUACUAAGUGAAAGUGAAAGAUAUAAAUGAUGCAAUAAAGAAU